UUUUUUGCUUGAGACACGUUUGUACGAACUGUUUUUUGUAAAGAUUCGUUUUUCUAUGUUAGUAAUCAUGUACAUAAGUCAGUUUUCGCUAGUUAGGUACCUUGUCCUGUGCUCGAUGUUACAGCUUAUUACUUUUGUAGCGAUAUUUAGCUCGGCCGAUGAAUUAGGGGAGUUUUUAUCAGACGAAGAAGUUGCUUUUGGUGUUGGAGAAGGACAAAAGCCGGUGCAAGUAAAAGCCGCCACAUCAACAGAUUCAAAGAAAAUAUCUCAAAAUCAGGAAGGUUAUGUUAUGUAUUGCCCGUGUAUGGGAAGGUUYGGAAACCAGGCAGACCAGUUUGUUGGUUCAUUGGCAUUUGCUAAAGGAUUGAAUAGGACUUUAGUUCUACCACCAUGGAUUGUUUAUCCAAAUAACAGACCAGGUGGUUCAAUGAGAAUUCCUUUUUCUUCUUGGUUUCAAGUUAAACCUUUACAAGAAUAUCAUAGAGUUGUUUCUAUGGACACAUUCAUGAAGGACAUUGCCCCAACUGUUUGGCCUCCUGGAAAACGAAUAGGGUUUUGUUAUACUUUUAGAGGAGGRAAAGGGUGUGCGAUGAAAGAAGGAAAUCCAUUUGGUCCUUUCUGGGAUCAUUUUAAUAUCAAUUUUGAUGACUAUCGGGAACAUUCUGGCUUGCUUUGGGAUUCAGAUGAUUCCUGGACAAGAGAUGAAUGGCAGAACAGAUUUCCAGUAGAAGCCAACCCUGUCCUUGCAUUCAUGGGAGCACCUGGCUCUUUUCCUUGUGAAACAAAGAAUAGAUGGAUUCAAAAGUUUGUCAAGUGGUCAGACARCAUAAGAAAAAAAGCUGAUAAAUUYAUUCAAAAUGUGCUUCCUAAGGGACCAUUUGUUGGCAUUCAUCUUAGAAAUGGAAUAGACUUUAAAGGGGCUUGUGAACAUGUCAAGGACAGCAAUACUCUAUUUGCAUCCACUCAGUGUAUUGACCAUGGUUCGUCAAGAAAACUCACUUAUGAAAUGUGCUUUCCAAGUGAAAGUGAAAUAAUAAAACAAGUCAAGAAGAYGGUGAAAAAAGUCAAAGCUAAAAGUGUUUUUGUAGCUACAGAUGACAAUCCUUUGCUUUCUAAGCUUUCAAACGCUCUAAGAAAGCAGAAGGUUACUGUCCACCGUCGAAAUGAAGAGGAUGAAAUAACCGACCCAAUUGUAGACUUGGCUAUCCUGUCCAGCGCAGACCAUUUUAUUGGAAAUUGUGUUUCCAGUUUUACAGCAUUUGCAAAAAGAAUGAGAGAUUCAGAGGGAAAGCCUUCUACAUUUUGGGCUUUUGAUUAGACAGUGUCUAAGUAAAAUCAAUAUUUAAUAUCUUUUAAUAUUUAUAGAUUAAAAAAAACUUUAAUAAUCAAGUUAAUAAUGCACAUCAUAUCAGUGUCUAUCCCACUAUCUUUAUGCGGUAGACGAUAAUUAAUUAUGCAUGAUCAUUGUCAUAUUGUAAAUAGUCUAAAUAAUAAAUCCUGUUUU